AUCACAUUCACAGCCAUCACAAUAACAUCGAAACUGCGUCCUGACUUCCAGAAGACUACGACAUAAUCUAUUUAUCAGGAAAUUCAUCGCUACAGAUCCUCAAAGUCGAUAAUAACCACGCGCGCACUGCGUGUUCAUUGCGAGAGACCCCACCACAUUUCUCGUAUCACAAACAAGUCUAGCCACCAGGAUGAGUGUCAUUCUGUGUACAGCUGGCUAUGACCAUACUAUCAGGUUCUGGGAAGCACUCUCUGGUAUAUGCAGUCGAACCAUUCCUCAUCCGGAUUCACAGGUGAAUCGCUUGUGCAUAUCUCCAGAUAAGCGCUUCCUUGCUGCUGCUGGUCAUCACACCGUGAAGCUCUACGACAUCAAAUCUACCAAUCCCGCUGCUGUCUUGACGUUUGAGGGACAUACUAACAAUAUCACUGGGCUGGCAUUCCACUGCGAGGGUAAGUGGAUGGUGACUAGCUCGGAGGAUGGCACGGUAAAGAUUUGGGACACACGUACUGGUCACGUUCAGCGCAACUAUAGCCAUGGUGUUCCCGUCAACGAUGUGGUGAUUCAUCCGAACCAAGGCGAGCUCAUCAGUUGCGAUAGAGGCGGCAAUGUGAGAAUCUGGGACCUUGCGGAGAACAAAUGCUCUCAUCAACUGAUACCGGAAGAAGACAAGUCUGUCGCUUCGGUGACUGUCGCUUCUGACGGCUCUCUCCUCUGCGCUGCUGUCAGCAACAGUCAAAUCGGCUCCGUCUAUGUCUGGCGCAUCAUCACAGCCAAGGACGUGACGACGCUCGUGCCCGUCACAAAAUUCAACGCCCACAACACUUACAUCACACGCGUCCUGCUAUCGCCAGAUGUUCGCCAUCUCGCCACUUGCUCUGCAGACCACACAGCACGUAUCUGGUCCGUCGAUCUCACAGGCCACAACGCCAUGGCCGCCGCACCAGGUGACAAAGACAGCAACGCCUUCGAGCUCGAGCAAGAACUCGAUGGUCACCAACGCUGGGUCUGGGAUUGCGCUUUCAGUGCCGACAGCGCCUAUUUGGUCACAGCUUGCAGCGAUCACUAUGCGCGAUUAUGGGAAUUGAGCUCGAAGCAGGUAAUUAGGCAGUACAACGGGCAUCACAGAGGAGCGGUCUGUGUGGCACUCAACGAUUACUCGGAGACUAGAUAGCAUCUGAGUUCCCAAGUGAGACGGAAAGAGGAAGUGGAUAUGCGGAUGCAAGAACCGGAUGUCAUCUCAUGGACGAGGAUAACGUGAUGCAGAGUGUAUUACACUGGGACUGAGGUACAGUCUGGAUGAUAGAGAUAUCUGUGGUUGCGAAGGAGUUAUCAGCCACUGGCUCAGGCGUUUCUUGUUAUUCAGUCGUGUUUCGCUUGUACAACAGAUACUGUCAAUCCAGCACAAGUUCAAGAAUAG